UUUCCUAUUCCCAAUUCCUUGAAAUCAAAGCACCAGUUUAAUUUGCACCAAUUUUCCUCUUUAUCGCUGUCCGAAAUUCCCCCUACCUUAACGACAUUACUUCUUUCCUUUUUGUUCCUCUCCCUCUCUCUCUCUCUCUCUCUCUCUCUUCCUACUUCACUUCCUCGGUCUAUCGCCUCCCAUUCUCUCUUCUACUACAACUUCAUAAGAAAUGAUGAAGCCACGCCAAGAUCCAGUUUAUAAAUCGAGACCAGAAACCCACAAGGACAUGCCGUCAUUUUCCUCCAUUCUUCUCGAUGAAAUCUACCGCUCCAUUGACGGGAACCCGGAAGAGGAAGAGCAGCAUUUCCAACAGACAAGGCAGGGCGGCGGAUUCAGGGCCAAGUGCAGCACCGGCGAUCGUAAGGACAUUGCCGACUAUUUCAGAAGGGCGUGUCUGGUUGAGAGUUGGAUGACAAAAGAAGAGGAUGAUCGGAAAGUAGCUUCCAGUAAAACCUUGUUUCCGGACCUGGAACCCAAGCACGACAAUGAUCUGCUCUUCUUCAGCUCUACGUCGAGUUCCUCCGACAGUUCCGGCACACUCUCCUCCUCCUCCGACACGGAAUUCUUCGGCCCGACAACCAAGACCAAGGUUUCGUGCUUCACAACAAGGCCCAGGCCUAAGCCUGUUCGCACCGCUACUGCCCGGAAGCCUGUUCAAGAUGAUUGUUCCUUUUUUGAUGAUUACAAAACACAUCAAAAGGACGACAGUGUGGAAGAUGGCUUGAUCAAGUCCAAAUCCAGGGCACUCAAGAUUUACGCCAACCUGAAGAAAAUGAAGCAGCCUAUUUCGCCCGGGGGGAGGCUCACGACCUUUAUCAAUUCACUCUUCAGCAGCAAUGCAAACGGGAACAAGUCCAAGGCCAAGCAUGGAGAAUCCGACAAAAGCUUUCAUAAUUCGAAAUCCUCCAACCCCAGGCCCCCCUCCUCAUCCACCUGCUCAUCAGCCUCGUCCUUCUCCAGGUCCUGUUUGAGCAAAUACUCCCCCAAAUCCAGGGAGAAGAUGCGGGAAGGGGUUCAGAGGACGGUCCGAUUUCAUCCGGUGAGUGUGAUCGUGGACGAAGAUUCGAGGCCCUGUGGGCACAAGUGCAUAUACGAUGAAGAAGAUGACUGCGGCGACGACGACGACGACAAGUACGGAAAUGGGAGGCCUCCCUUGCCGCCGAAUGAACCGACCAGCAAAAGGGGGAAAAGCAGGAAACUUGAAGAGGCCUCCAUAGAUGCUUUGAGGAGCUAUUACAGGAAAAGGGGUAGUGAUGAUUCGAAGAAAAUUAUUCUGGAUGAAGAUGAUGAUGAGGACGACGAUGAUGAUGAUUAUGACAUUGACGAGGAUGGAGGGAGCGACUCGAGUUCGGAUCUAUUCGAGUUGGAUCACUUGUCGUUGUUCGGGGAGGGUAGAUUUUGCGAAGAACUUCCAGUGUAUGAAACGACCCGUUUCGACAAGAAUCGUGGUUUGAUUUGUUAAUUAACAACAACAACAACUACUACUACUACUACAUUGGGAUGAAUAACAUUUGUUUACUAUC